AUGAAGGAAUGGCUUCAAAAGUGUGAUCAUGAGCAUCCCGGUUGUAAGCCGCAAGCGAACAAGCUACCGAAAAGAUUAGUGAGUAUCGGGUCUUCAAUGAUGCCCCGCCUCAACUUGGUGUCCACGCAAGGCCUCGACCCCGAAACGAUACAGUACGCGACCCUGAGCUACUGCUGGGGAAGUGCUGGUAUACCUGUGAAAACUACGAGAUCCAAUAAGGCAACCUAUUUUGAAGCUAUCCCUACCAAAGACUUUCCUAAAACAUUCGAAGAUGCGUUGCUGAUAUCAAGAUCGCUCAAUAUCUCGUACCUCUGGAUGGACGCACUAUGCAUAGUACAGGAUGAUGAGGAUGAUUGGCGAGCCGAAAUUACGAAAAUGUCAGAUAUAUACUUUGGUAGUACACUGACAAUUGCAGCUAGCGAGGCUAAAGACUGCACGGGGGGAUUCUUUGCCCAUCCACUUGCGGACAACUCAAAUGAAGAGAGAACCAAGAACCGAUACUUUUUCACAGUUGAGAGGAGGCCUAGCACUGACAUCUUAGUUCAAGUUGAACCCCGAGAGGGUGGCACUAAUGGCAGAAUAUCCAAUCUCCAUACGAGGGGAUGGACUUUGCAAGAGGUGGCACUCUCACACCGCACUGUUCAGUUUACGCAAUCAGAAUUGCACUGGCGCUGCAGAAAUGCAUAUUGGACCGAAUCGGGAAUGACUUACGAUCCCUUGACAACCGUAUAUGGCAAUGUCCCACUCUCAGGCAACGAACACGUAGUGGAACCUGUUAUCACAUGGUGGAAAUGGAUAGAAAGCUACUCAACACGAAAGUUUAGCGUGCCAAGCGACAGAAUUCCAGCAAUUUAUGGCCUUAUUAAAUACCAUCAAAGUUUGACAGGUGACACAAGUGCGUUUGGCCUUUGGAGACGAUCUCUCCACCAAGACAUGUUGUGGAUCAGGAUCGAAAGACUUACAGACAUAAGCUUGACCUCUCCAUAUACAGGAUCGAUUCCGAGUUGGUCCUGGCUUUCAUGUCCUGUUGGUGUAGCCUUUGACUUUUUCGGGAAAUCUUCGAGACAGACAGAGACUUCGGAUCAUAUUACGAUUCAAGACUACGAGUUGUUAUGGGUGGGGGAGCCAUUGAUUUCAGCCGUCAAAUCGUGCAAUCUUACCAUUUCCGGGCCAGCUCAAGAGGUGUACCUCGAAAUUGCCCCUGAAGGCAGGCAUUGCAAUCCGCCAUACUAUCUUGUCGAGGGUGAGGCCCCGGAUUUCUCAAAGAGCGCGCUUCCUUGGGGAUGCUCUGCGCAAUUUGAUCGAGAGCAAGAGAGAAGCCCGGAUACAUUUUUUUGCGUUCUGGUUCGUCGUCGGUUGGAAGUGAGCACAGGAUAUAGAACUGAGACAUUUUUGAUACUAGAGCCCGCUGAUACCCUGUUUCCUCACGAGAAGUUUAGACGUAUCGGGUUGGGGGUUUUCAGAGGGUCCCACGAUAGAUUUUCAAGUAACACCAUGAAGACAAUUAACCUUGUCUAA